CCAUUUUGCGCUGCUGACUGGUUUCUCUCCUGUGCUGCCUGCUACAAUCUCCGACAAUCUCCUCUGGCAUCGUGCGUAUUUUCUCAAAGGAUCUUCAAUGACAGGAGCGUUUACGGUUAUGCUGCACGAGCAUGCUGCGCACAACGGCGCACCCCUCGCUGAUGCAUGGGCCGAGGCGUACAUGGCGCAUGAAUCCAUGGCACGUAUUCUAAUUGUCAAGCGGCGGGCGCCGGCGCUGACGUCAGCAUCCGCAACAGCAGCGGCGCCACGGCAGUGAAGGGCGCGCCGGACGGCUGGCCGGCUGGGGGCGUGAGAUGCGGGCGGGAGAUGGGAGCCCGAGGCUGACACCUCACACCUGGACACGUGACGCCAGGUGGACUGUGGACACAGGUGCAGGCGUGGGGCCCGCGUCACGGCACAGGCGUUCGGGCGCGGGGCCUGAAAGCGCGGUCACGGGUGGUGUGGCGGUAGCGAGAAGCAUAGGGGACGUGCCCGCUCUAUGCGCUCUGUCCGGGGCGGUCAGUGGCCGGGCGUGUCCGAGGGCGCGUUUGAGGGCUCGUGCGUGCGUGGCAGGGGUCGAGGGGUUGCGGCUGGGCUUCGUGCUAGUGGCUGGGUGAGUAGGUAUGGCUGGCAGUGUGAUAUUUGACGAGCUGGGAAUCAUCUGGUUGCGUGGCGGGGCUUUGCGGUGCAAGCGUGUGGGAAAAGCGAGAAGGGAUUGGGACGAGGGAAGGUAGCGGGUUGGGCGGUCAAAGGCGGGGAUGGGGCAUGCUGCCGAUGGGCGGAAAACAGCAG